AUGGAUGAGAGGAUGAUAGAGGCUGCCCAAACAGGAGAUAUUAACCUCUUGUAUGAGUUGAUUCUGAAUGAUCCCUAUGUUUUAGAGCGUAUUGAUGAUGUGCCUUUUUUUCAUACUCCAUUGCAUGUAGCUGCCUCUGCUGGGCAUAUUGAGUUUAUGCUGGAGAUGAUCAAAUUAAAGCCAACGUUUGCAAGAAAGCUAAACCAAGCUGGGUUUAGCCCCAUGCACUUGGCUCUGCAAAAUCACAGAACUCAUGCAGUGCUUCGACUCCUCAGGUUUGAUGAAGGCCUUGUCCGUGUCAAAGGUAGGGAGGACCUCACUCCUCUGCAUCAUGUGGUUCAAAAUGAAAACUUGAAUCUUUUGAAGAAGUUUCUUGAGGUUUGUCCUCAGGCUAUUCAAGAUAUGACAGUUCGAGAUGAGACGGUUUUCCAUCUUGCUGUGAAAAACGACAUGUUCGAAGCUUUCCAAGUCUUGGUGGGGUGGCUUAUGAGAAGUUGGUAUGAGUCUCCCCGAUGGGAGAAAGAACUACUGAGUUGGCCAGACAUUGACGGCAACACUGUUUUACACAUUGCAGCUAUCAGAAACAGACCACGGGUGGUAAAAGUAUUGCUGGAACACAUGCGGCAAGACCAAAUCAAUGCCAAAAAUUUGGAGGGAUUAACAGCACUAGAUAUCCAAUCACAAUACCCAUGGAAUGAAAGGCAAGCGGAUAGGAUUAUAGUUAUGCUAAGCAAAGCUGGAGGUUUGAGUGGUUCCUCUUCCUCGCUUCCCAAUACCUCCAUCUCUUCAUUACACAUCGAAUCUUUAAAAGACAAGAUGUCACGGUCUCAAAAAUGGGCAACAAGAGCAGGUCGAGGAAAGAAGGGUAUGGCACAUGAGAUGCGGAACACAUUUCUAGUAGUGACAGUGCUAAUUAUAACAACCACUUACGAAGCCUCUUUAAAUCCUCCAAUGAAGCCUGAUGACAGUCCAUCCAUAAAAUACCAAGUCUCUUCAAGUCAAGAUGAGCCUCUCAAUUCCCACACAUUUUUGCAUAAAACCGACAUCAAUUCUGCACCCAUACCCAGUCCCUCCUCAAUGGACGUUUCCAAAGAAGAUGAUUGGACAUUUGAAACCUCCUCAUUUUGGUUUUACAACACUUUGACAUUUUGGGCAGCAGUGUUUUUAACAGCACUUCUCCUACCACCUCAUCCAAUAUUCUCUUCCUUGAUUCUUCUAACACUUGCCUUCUUUGGGAAAUCUUACAUGCAUUUAUUUGAUGUUUCCUCAUGGUCAUGGGAACAUUCAUUCGAGUUUUCCAAUAAAGACACACACUUAUUAUAUGAUGUAGCCUCCGUUUGUAAUGUUAGUUUCUCAAUAUUGCUGGUUUUCCUUGUAGAAUACCAGACCAUGUUUUAUGUUUGCAGGAGCGUAAACAUUUCCAAACCAAAAUUCUUCUUCCUCGUACUGAUCGUCGACAUUGGCUACAUGGUUUUUAUGUAUGGCCCAGUUUAG